UUCAGGAGGAGAUUUGUAGGGGUACAACAAAAUUUGAGUAUCGCCGUUUGGGGCACUGAGUAUGGCGGUACGUUUGUGUAAGUCACAAGAUGGCGGACACUCCUGUAGGACCCGCCCGUUCCAAGGUCCACAGGUCCAAAGUACUGUUCCGUUUGGACCUUGGUAACACUUACUAGUAGGUUACACAUUUUGUUGACUACUGCGUGGUGACUACUCGACGGCAUGAUAUGUGCUGAGUUUCUUCAGUUCAGUUCAUCCUCUGACAGGUGUCUCCAGGAUUUCCACUAAUUGUGUACGCUUUUCUUAGCACGCCUGACGUGUACUACAUCAUGACUCCAUUCUAACGGUAGAUAUCACCUACAUAACGUACCGAUUGCCUCCCCAGUAUAACACACCAGUCUGGGAUGUCUUCUGUCUAGUCCAACAUACAGGGACUCUGACCUUCCUGAUCGGACGUCACAACUUAUCUGACGUCAUUUGUUUAUCACCAUGGAAAUAGGUCCGCGUGUUGUCCUCCUGCACGCAGCAGAGGAUGGGGAGUUCGUCAGGAGGCUGGUGGAGAAGCUGAUGGAUCUGUACGCGGGUUACAGCCUACCCCAGACAGACAUCUCCUGUCAGCAGGUCACAGGCACUCCCGGUGACGUCAGCCGCGCACAGCUCACGUCCACACUGACCCUCGGCAGCGUGAAACUUGUCGUGCCCGUGAUCAGCAGACACCUGCUUGCUGACCAGUCCUCGCUCACGGUCGGACUGGAAACUGCCGUGAGGAACAACAAGCCUCGAUACGUCAUUUGGCUGGACCAGAACAAGGAUGACUUCCGUGAGUUCGGCACGUUAGUCAGCCGGCAGUACCAAACCCUGGAGGCGCCGGCCAGGCGGGUCCAGCGGGACAGGGUUGAGGAGACGAUGCCCGGCAGUGGUGUCAGGUGGAUGGAAGGCAUCGCCUGGGAUGUGCGUGACGCGCUCUGCAGACAAACAGGUGAACUAAGGAGGCCGUGCUGGCAGGCCUUGCUCGACACUCGUGCGUUCCUGGCGGACAACAUGAACCUCCCAGCUGUUGUCACGCGGCUGGAACAGGAGAACCAGCUGAGUCCGGCUGAGGUCAGGGAUAUCCAGGUAAGGUACACGGUGGAAGUGGCAAUUAUCAGAGUCGGUAUAACAACAUCACUGCCACAUGUACUUCACAUUCAUACUGUUUUAUAGGCUUCAAUAUGCCCGUCCUAAUCUGUACUUAACAACAUUUUCACUACAUGGGCCGCGGCAGCACACACUUCUGACGAUAUAAAGCUCUAAAUGCGUUUCUUUCGGAGCCGCCCAA